GGUGGAAGUUCUGAUAACACCCCCGCCUCCGAGAGGUCUACAGGCAGACUUGCUGAGGUUUUUGCAUCUGUUGUCGGGCAUGCUAGGUGAAUGUCCGGUUCUUUCUCUGCGGUGCGCUCUGCCAAUCUUGGAUUUGAUCGUGUGCGUGAGGGUAAGAAAGUUGUUGUUGCUUCUGCUGGAAAGGAAAGGCGUGCGCAGUACCUAGCUGAUAUGAAGAAGGAACUAAUGAAGGAGUACAAAGCGGACCUUGAGGUCCUGUGCAGGAAGGACAACAUCAAGUACGUUAACAAGAAACAGGUCGUUAACGAAUUGGUUGAACUUCGGGCCCAAGAGGCGUACGGCGAGAAAGAUGACGACCAGGAUGAGGAUCUGCUCAAUGCCGACGCUACUGAAUCGCAAGAGGAGAAUCCUUAUCAGGAAUUAGUUGAAUGUCUGGUCCAUAAUGUUGAGUCGGUAGCCUCAGAUGAGUUGGUUCUCAAAGAUUGGCAUGACAAACUGGAUGGUUUGGUUGUGGCCUCGAUCGAUCACAAUAUCGGAGACUCUCUGGUCUGCUGCAUGAGCGUUUAUCACAAUGCUUUGGCUAAUAUGUAUUGGAGGAACGAAGGCUUUCAGAUCAUUCCCUUGCAAGAGGGCGACAUUCUGGAUACCUGCAAACGCAGGUUUGACAGGAUUAACAGAGGAGCUAUCGCACCUUGGAACCCGAAAGGGGAUGGCAUCAUCGCUGGGACUCCCCUCGAAAGACAGCCGACUUCGAACCAUCUGUACGCUCCCAGCGCUCCACCAUUGCCUUCAAGCACGAGUAUUGUACCAGUUCCCAGUGUUGCUGCACCGACUCCAAGAUCCAGGUCGUCAUCCCCAUCUCCGUUGGCUUCAAACGCUAUUGUCCCAUUCCAACUCAGGCCGGUCAGCCAGUACAGCGGUGGUGGGGGUUGGAAUUCUCAACCAAGGAAUCCGGGGAAUGGUGAGAUUGCGGCAUUGCUAAGGGAGCUGGUGAAUAGUGAUAGGGAGAAGAGGGAGAGGAAGAGGGAAGAGGAAGAUCGGAACGCUAGGGAGGAGCAGAUCGCUAAAGCUAAGGAGGAGGAGACGGCGAGGCUGGAAUCUGAAGAGAAGAAGGAGAAGGAUAGAGAAACGCGCAUGGGUAAGAUGUUUGCCGAACAGAUCGCGACAUUGGAAAAGAAGACGGAAGAGGAUGCUGGUUUCAAGAGAGAUCCAGCGAAAGGUAAAGAUAAGGAUAGGUCGAAUGAUAGUGAUGCCAAGACUAAGGACGGGACUUGUAAGAUUGGUGACGUUGACUCUAAGAAACGUGGGCAAGACGCUCUCCAAGGUGGAUCCCCAGUCGCACCUGAUGCCGACAGGCAGAAGACACAUGCUGAGGUGGUUAUGGGUAAGAAAGUUGUUGUUGCUUCUGCUGGAAAGGAAAGGCGUGCGCAGUACCUAGCUGAUAUGAAGAAGGAACUAAUGAAGGAGUACAAAGCGGACCUUGAGGUCCUGUGCAGGAAGGACAACAUCAAGUACGUUAACAAGAAACAGGUCGUUAACGAAUUGGUUGAACUUCGGGCCCAAGAGGCGUACGGCGAGAAAGAUGACGACCAGGAUGAGGAUCUGCUCAAUGCCGACGCUACUGAAUCGCAAGAGGAGAAUCCGUCCUGAUGUCUUAUUGGGACACGGGGUGGUUAUGGGAUGCUGCAAUUAGCCUUCGCACGACGAGAAAAGCCGCUGGUCUGAAAGGGUCAGACAGUGUUCGUCGGGAGAUGGUUAUGCGAUUUGUCAUACUCAUGCUGGUUGCUGUAGGGGCUAUUAGUUGGGGUAAGGAGUUUGUUGACUACUGGUUAUACUCGGUGCAUUCUGGACAUGACAUCUGUGCUGACGAAGGACGAUGUGUUUAUGUUUUUCUCUCGCCUUGGUCUAAAGCCUCGUAUAUUGGGUCCACAGGCCGGGGCAUUACUGUCCGUUGGAAAGAGCAUGUUCGUUUAGCCUAGUCUAAUGUUCGGGGCCGGAAUCAUAAGCUAAAACGUU